AUGAGUAAAAAUCUAUUAGACUUGCCAGUAGAAUGUAUCUAUAAAAUUUUAACUUUCAUCUAUGGCAUAAAUGACAUAAAAGACAAUCGAAGUGUUCUUAGUUUUUCACUAGUCAAUAAACGAUUACAUAAUAUUAUUUUACCUAUAUUAUGGAAGUACCCUCCCUUAGGAUGUGAGUCUGUCGUCAAAAAAUACCUCAAUGAAUUGGACGAAAACGAACAAAAAACACUCAUACCGCUUAUGAUUAACUUACCUCCUACUCUGCCUCGUCCUAAAUGCGCAGCUCAUUUGGUGAAUCUCGACCUGCACGAUUUAAACGUUGCCUGCGUAAGAUUACUAGUAGUUAGUAGUAGUGGACGCAUCUGCGAAUGCGGAGAAUUAACGAUAGUUCGCUCAAUGGUUUCUUCUAUUAUUCUGAUGCUAUUGCGAACAAAUAAAAAUCUUCAAAAGCUUAGUCUGUUAAUUUCAAAAGACGAGCCCGAUUUUCCGGAAGUGUCUAUUUCAAGUCAGCCGGGAUUAUCCAAUUUACGUUCUCUUCAUCUUUCACUGAUGAAUAUGCCGAUGCAAAGAAACUUUCGUAAAUUUAUCGAUGAAUUUCCUAAUUUGUGCUCGAACCUCCAAGAAUUAUCCUUGGAUUUUUUCAACAAUGACACUGAUGAAGCAAUUACAAUGUCAUUAAUUAACCUUAUUGAUGCCCAACGACGUCUAUCUACUCUCACCUUAUGUUGUUGUACUAAUGCUCAAAGUUAUCCUCGUGAUUUUUCUCGAUUAUAUCGUAGAGCAGCAGAAAACUCUGAAAAUGUAUUUACUCGUUCAAAUAUCUACGAAAUUUAUAAUCUUCGUAACCCAUCACUUCGAAAAGAACCUAAUCCUACCAAGAUCUAUUAG